AUGAUUUUUACAGAAGAAGAACAAUUCCUUAAUGUUGUAAGGGACAAAUUCAAAAUCAACCAUUUUGUUAGUAGCCAACAUGUUCAAAAUAUCCGAGCAGGCCUUAGGGAAUACAUUGAUAUGCUAGGUACAUCAAGUGUAUUUACUUUCAUUUCAGGUUUACAGGAAUAUUUGAGAGUGUUGGAAAUGACCAAGUGUUAUGCUAAAAUUGUGAUGUAA